AUGAUCCAGACGUAUAAGAUGCUUAUAAGGAUGCCGACAAAAUUUGACAUGAUCAGUGUGUUACGAUUCAGUAACAACAGAACUAGAGGACAUGGCAAGUUGUCGAGUCACACGUACGAGAAGCCUCGCCCUGGAAGCCGAACGAGAAGCCUCGCCCUGGAAGCCGAACCGAGAAGCCUCGCCCUGGAAGCCGAACCGAGAAGCCUCGCCCUGGAAGCCGAACCGAGAAGCCUCGCCCUGGAAGCCGAACCGAGAAGCCUCGCCCUGGAAGCCGAACGAGAAGCCUCGCCCUGGAAGCCGAACGAGAAGCCUCGCCCUGGAAGCCGAACGAGAAGCCUCGCCCUGGAAGCCGAACGAGAAGCCUCGCCCUGGAAGCCGAACGAGAAGCCUCGCCCUGGAAGCCGAACGAGAAGCCUCGCCCUGGAAGCCGAACGAGAAGCCUCGCCCUGGAAGCCGAACGAGAAGCCUCGCCCUGGAAGCCGAACGAGAAGCCUCGCCCUGGAAGCCGAACGAGAAGCCUCGCCCUGGAAGCCGAACGAGAAGCCUCGCCCUGGAAGCCGAACGAGAAGCCUCGCCCUGGAAGCCGAACGAGAAGCCUCGCCCUGGAAGCCGAACGAGAAGCCUCGCCCUGGAAGCCGAACGAGAAGCCUCGCCCUGGAAGCCGAACGAGAAGCCUCGCCCUGGAAGCCGAACGAGAAGCCUCGCCCUGGAAGCCGAACGAGAAGCCUCGCCCUGGAAGCCGAACGAGAAGCCUCGCCCUGGAAGCCGAACGAGAAGCCUCGCCCUGGAAGCCGAACGAGAAGCCUCGCCCUGGAAGCCGAACGAGAAGCCUCGCCCUGGAAGCCGAACGAGAAGCCUCGCCCUGGAAGCCGAACGAGAAGCCUCGCCCUGGAAGCCGAACGAGAAGCCUCGCCCUGGAAGCCGAACGAGAAGCCUCGCCCUGGAAGCCGAACGAGAAGCCUCGCCCUGGAAGCCGAACGAGAAGCCUCGCCCUGGAAGCCGAACGAGAAGCCUCGCCCUGGAAGCCGAACGAGAAGCCUCGCCCUGGAAGCCGAACGAGAAGCCUCGCCCUGGAAGCCGAACGAGAAGCCUCGCCCUGGAAGCCGAACGAGAAGCCUCGCCCUGGAAGCCGAACGAGAAGCCUCGCCCUGGAAGCCGAACGAGAAGCCUCGCCCUGGAAGCCGAACGAGAAGCCUCGCCCUGGAAGCCGAGCGAGAAGCCUCGCCCUGGAAGCCGAGCGAGAAGCCUCGCCCUGGAAGCCGAGCGAGAAGCCUCGCCCUGGAAGCCGAGCGAGAAGCCUCGCCCUGGAAGCCGAACGAGAAGCCUCGCCCUGGAAGCCGAACGAGAAGCCUCGCCCUGGAAGCCGAACGAGAAGCCUCGCCCUGGAAGCCGAACGAGAAGCCUCGCCCUGGAAGCCGAACGAGAAGCCUCGCCCUGGAAGCCAUUGUCAAUACUUUGCAUCUCUCGCAGAUGCAAAGUAUUGCAAGUGCAGAGUAUAUUACACAGGAAUAG